AUGGAGUCUGCCGGCUACUACACCAACUGCAAGAAGACCGACGGAAUCUGCGAGGGCAUCUGCGACGGCGAGCAUGGUUCAAAGGCUGUUCUGAGCAUGUCAAGGCUGAAGUGUGCACUUCGGGGAUUUGAUUUAAAGGCCCUUCUGUUCCUGCUGAUUGGUGUGCCGAUUAUAAUUUUCGUCAUAUAUGUUCAUGGCCAGAAGGUCACUUAUUUCCUCAGACCAAUCUGGGAGAAGCCCCCGAAGCCUUUCACUGUACUUCCUCACUACUAUCAUGAAAAUGUUUCGAUGGCAAACCUCUGCAAGUUGCAUGGAUGGAAGGUCCGAGAGGCUCCACGGCGUGUCUUUGACGCGGUGCUUUUCAGCAACGAGCUUGACAUUCUUGAUAUUCGUUGGCACGAGCUUAGCCCGUAUGUGUCAGAAUUUGUGCUGCUCGAGUCCAAUUCAACAUUUACUGGCCUUGAAAAGAAGCUCCACUUCAAGGAAAACCGCCAAAAGUUUGAGUUUGCUGAAUCACGGUUGACCUAUGGUAUGAUAGGGGGGAGGUUUGUGAAGGGUGAGAACCCAUUUGUGGAGGAAUCAUAUCAGAGAGUCGCGCUUGACCAGCUUCUAAAGAUCGCCGGGAUCACCGACGAUGACCUGUUGAUUAUGUCUGAUGUUGAUGAGAUCCCAAGUGGUCAUACAAUCAACCUGUUGAGAUGGUGCGAUGAUACGCCUGAGAUACUUCACCUUCAGCUGAAGAACUAUCUCUACUCGUUUCAAUUUAUGCUUGAUGAUAAGAGUUGGAGGGCUUCAGUACACAGAUACCGAGCGGGGAAGACGAGGUAUGCCCAUUACCGGCAAACUGACGACCUUCUGGCAGACUCAGGAUGGCACUGCAGCUUUUGCUUUCGGUACAUAAAUGAUUUUGUCUUCAAAAUGAAAGCCUACAGCCAUGUGGACCGGAUCAGAUUCAGCUACUUCCUGAACCCCAAAAGAAUUCAGCAUGUGAUAUGCCAAGGGGCUGAUCUCUUUGAUAUGCUUCCGGAGGAGUACACGUUCCAAGAGAUCAUCGCCAAGCUUGGUCCAAUCCCAAGUACGUAUUCAGCGGUUCAUCUUCCCGCCUAUCUGCUCGAGAAGGUUGAUCAGUACAGGUAUCUUCUUCCUGGCAACUGCAUGAGAGAAAGUGGGUAG